AUGGAAGUUGAAAACGCGGAUCCAAGGCCGCACCAAAGCCAGGUAGAAAAACCUGGAAACCGAAGGCAAAAUGAUUUCCGGGGUAAAAAACCCGAAGAGAAAAAUUUAUCUAAAAUAAGAUUUGACAGGUAUACGCCUUUAAAUUCCUCUCAAUCCCAAAUCUGGAGGGAAGUAGCAUCCACCGAGAUGAGAAGGGUGGACAGACCUCGGCCACUACAGAAUCAAGCUGGGCUUGAUCAAUCACGGUAUUACGCGUUUCAUGAUGGCCCUGGUCACACAACCGAGGAGUGUUGGGAUCUCCGAGAUGCAAUCGAAAGGUAUAUCAGGGAGGGAAAAUUGCGUCAGUAUCUCAUCCGAACUCAAGGAUGGAAGAACAAUAAGAAGAGGAAAAGAGGACGGCCGAUGAGCCCGAAUCGAGAGAAAAAGUUCAAGGAUGAAUUUCGAGGUAAGAAACCGGUUAAAGAAGACGAUGAAUUCGUGGAGCCCGAGUUCGAGUGCAAUGUUAUUAGUGGAGGAUUUGGUGGUGGAGGUGAUACGAUGAACGCCAGAAGAAAAUACUUAAGAGAGGUGCUUUCAAUUCGAGAGCGGCCUAAAUUUAAGUUAGAAGAGCCGGAGACACCACGGCUAUUCUUUACAAGAGCAGAAUUGGAAUAUGUCAUGCCAGGACACGUUGACGGGUUAGUCAUAACCGGGACACUAGUUAAUUGUAGAGUCAAGAAAAUGUUCGUGGAUAACGGAAGUUGUGCCGAUGUAAUUCUUUGGAAGGCAUUCCAGAAAAUGAACUUGGAUGUGGAGGAUCUGAAGCCCUGCAACACGGCUCUGAUGACUUUUAAUGGCUGCGACACCAUUCCCAAGGGGUAUAUUGAUCUGAGACUCACCCUAGGAACAAAAGAGUCUUACAAGUCAGGGAGAGUAAGAUUCAUUGUUGCCGACUUCCCAUCGGAGUAUAACGUAAUUUUGGGAAGACCAACAAUUCACGAUUGGGAUAUGCUGGUCUCCACUAAGCAUCAGAAGAUUAAAAUGAUAGGUGAGCAGAAUACGGUUAUCACCAUUCAGGGAGAUCAAAAAGAGUCACGGGACUUAUUUUAA